AUGUCUUCUACCCAAUCUCCACCUUUAACCGGAAUCAAUCUACCAGCUUCAAGUCUGGAGCAUCUCAUUCGCUUGCGUCAAGAACGCAAUCAACGAACUCCUAAAUGUGCUCGUUGUAGAAAUCACGGAACUGUUUCUGCAUUAAAAGGACACAAGCGCUACUGUCGAUGGAAGGAUUGCAUGUGCGCCAAAUGCACUCUCAUUGCGGAACGACAACGUGUCAUGGCGGCACAGGUUGCAUUGCGUCGUCAACAAAGCCAAGAGGAAAAGGAAGCCAAGGAUUUGGAAAUGCUUUUUGGAGUCGGAAAUGCCACCGAGUUGCUUGAUAUUAUUCGCAAAAAUUCAAAUCAAACAGAAUCAAAGCAGGCUUCAGAAUCUUCAGAUCAGACGAUUGAUGAGCCAGCUUCGCCCACCUGUCAGCUUGAGAUCUCGACUAAGAAAGAUCUGGAGAUCGUUGAAAGUUCACCCAACAGUCCAACAAACACAGAGCAGACGUCAUCUUCCUCAUCUCCACAGUGUAAUCAACUGCUGACUACGGGGCCAACUACUCCAAUUCCAACAACGUUUGCAGCUUCUUCAUCAGCAAACUCAUCUUCGUCGUCCUCGUCUCCCAUCUACAGUUCAGCUCCUCAGUUCUCUACAGCUUUUCCUCCGACAUUCUUCAACCCAUUGCUGUAUGGACGUCAGUUCAUGCGUUUUCCAUUGCCCAUGACAGGUUUUCCAUUUGGUGGAUCGGCAUCGCUACCUGAAGGAUUUGCUCAAAUGACUGGUGCUCUAAGCCAGAAUCGAGAAUGA